ACCGGCAGCGGCAAGACCCUGGCCUACCUGCUGCCCCUGCUCCAGCGGCUCUUGCAGGCCCAGAGGCUCCCUGAGGGGGAGGCUGACGCGUCCUCCCCCCGCUCCCUGGUGGUGGUGCCCUCCCGAGAACUCGCGGGGCAGGUACGCCGAGUCGCCGCGUCCUUGGGCGCUCCCUUGGGCCUGCAGGUGAAGGAGGUUGGCGGUGGCCGGGGCAUGGCCGUGGUUCGGCGCCGGGUCCGUGCGGGUCCCACUGACCUCCUGAUCGCCACACCGGGUGCCCUGAGCAAAGCCUUGAAGAGGCGGAUAUUGUCCCUGAGGAAAUUGCUCUUCUUGGUGUUGGAUGAAGUGGACACUCUGCUGGAUGCCUCAUUCAUCGAUCUGGUGAAAGAUAUAGUUCAGCAGGCUUUCCUGAAAGAUGCAGUUCAGCAGGCUUUUCUAGCCCCAGGUUCUGAAGACAGCAGUGAGGUUUGGGAUCCCAAAGCCCAGCUGGUGGCUAUGGGCGCUACUCUUCCAAAGGGGCUGAGUCAGCUGUUGAGCGAGUCUGCUGAUCUCUCCAACUUCACCAUAUUGAUUGGCUCCAGUUUGCAUCAUCUUCAGCCUCACGUGGAGCAAAAAUUCAUACGUUUGAAGGGCUGUGACAAAGCAGCAGAGCUGCUACAGCUCCUCAAAGAGCGAGGGCCCUCCUCUGGAGCUGUUAUGAUUUUCUGCAACAGAGCCAGCACUGUUAACUGGCUUGGUUACAUUUUAGAAGACCAUAAGAUCAAGCAUUUGCGCCUACAGGGAGAAAUAGCAGCAGUUAUAAGAGCUGGUAUUUUUAAUGCCUUCCAGAGAGUUGAUGCUGACAUCUUGGUGUGUACUGAUAUAGCUUCCCGGGGAUUGGACACCAUUCACGUAGAGCUCAUAAUUAACUAUGACUUCCCCUUGACAUUACCUGAUUAUCUGCAUCGGGUGGGGCGAGUUGGUCGCACCGGCAGUAAAUUCCUUGGGACUGUAGUCAGCUUUGUAACCCAUAGAUGGGAUGUAGAUCUUGUCCGGAAAAUAGAAACAGCAGCUCGCAAAAGAAGUCCACUCCCUGGGCUGGAAAUAGUUGUUAAGGAUCCUUUGUCUAAAAAGAGGAAUUUCUGAAUUUGCCUGGAGGACCUACGGUUAAUGUUGUUUACAGUGUUUCCUAAUUAUAUUUCUAACAUUUUGUAUAUUUGGCUUUGGACCUACUCAGCUCCUGAAUAAAAUUGUGCUAGUAUAUGGCUCCUGACAUGGAACAGUCAGAUUAUUUCACUAGGCCGACUCUUAUGCAUUUUAGAAAAUUGUAUCUAUCCUGUGUAGACACAGAGCAUAUUCACCAGAUUUAUUCAGCCUUUAUGUUUUGUAUUGUUUAAUAUUGACUUUAUGUAUUAUUUUAGGAAUGUGUAAAAUCUAGCAGUUCAGGUACAAAAUGGUCUGGAGAAUUCCAUACCGUUCUGGCCCUCCUCUCGACCAUGGCAAACCCCCUCCAGGCUGUGCCAUUCCAGGUGCAAUUUGGUGGUUUCCUGGAAAUAAAUUCCACAUAACAAAAGCAGUUCAGGGUACACUAGGCAGACAUUACUUUCUGAAAUCAAUAAAUUGUAUACAUCCUUAA